AUGCGGUCCUUUCCCAGCCCAGACACAUCGGCAAUCCUCGGUGCGGAACUUCAUCUCUUGAGCCCUGUCGUAUGCCUUAUGCUGCGCUGCAUUGCACUGCACUGCAAUGUCUGCACCCCGAUGCAAGUCGCUGCGUUGCCGGCUGCAGUCCGCGACAGGUCCGGUCCAGAUCUUCGCAGCCCUCCGUACCGUCACAGUCCUCUCCUAUCGCUGCAGGGGACGGGCAACCUUGUCUCCUCAAGCCCACCAGGACGUCGCAAGAGCUACACUACUUUGGCCGCCUCCCAAGACAGGCAGGAAACGACACGAUUCGACGAACGAUUCGGAGACGACAAGUCCCUUGUCGAAGCUCAAACUCUGGCCGCGGGGUCUCCAUCUGAAAGUUCUUCGCCGGGAUACUCCUACAUGCAGCAGCCACACUCAGCGACAGCACUGGUACGGGCACCCAUUGUAUGGUGGAGAGAGUACCUCCCAUGUCACUCUGAGAUUGGCGUGACGGGAUGUCCAGCGCGCAACCCCGCGCCGAGAUCCACAACCUCUCUUGGAAUGAACCAACAACCGGCGAACCGUUCUCGUUAUUUCCUUUUCUCGCCCGGCACUCCGAGCCUAUCUCGUUACGUCCAAUUCGCCAUCUGGGCUCACUCUCUGUGGAUCACAGCAAGGGAUUUCUGA